GAGUACAACGUUUCAAAAUGCUGGAGAUUAUCUGGGCAAUGCUAGAGAUUACAUUUAAUGUGAUUGUGUCUUCAGACAUUCUGCUCUUCCAUUUCAUGAGCUAAAAUAUUUUAUAAAAAUGAUAUUGGAUAUCUUCAUUGAUCUUCAAGUUCACUGUGUCCUGUGAAUUCAGAGAAGACUUUCUGAACGAGGAAUAGAUUCAUCACAUACGUGGACUUCUGUUGUUGCUCAAGGAUACACUUUUUUUUUCACUGCAAAACCCUAUCUGCAUGAAGAUGAGUCUUCAUUUAAGAUAUGAUCUGUGUAAUUAGGUGAACAAGGAUACUUUUAAUGAAUUAUCAACUUCUAUUUCCAUCUGUUUCUCCAGCUUUUUUAAUAAAAAUGAAGGACAAGUAUAAAACAGCAGAGCUGAUGUGUUUCUGCGAGGCCUUUAUGUAAGCCUCUGUGUCUGGAUGUGGUGCUAAAGGACAGGCAAUCUGCUUUUGAUCAGCUGAUUGUAACUGCAGAAAAAGAACCUUUAAUUUAAAGUAACUUGCAGCUGUAAUUAUUUUACUUUUUGGCUUGCACCGAAUGAAAGGGAAAUUUAAGUUUUACUGGUCAGGAGCAUUUUACUGAACUAAGAAAGGGAAACUUUCAAACCAAGAACUGAUAACGUAUUUUGCUUAAGAGUUUGACUACUAGGGAGAUCUCGGCAGAGCAAAGCAAGUCAGAUGUCAGCAAACGACUCUUCUCCCCCAUCCUUUCAGAAGUUUUCCCCACCUACGUGUCAUGCUGCUGCACCACAGACCCCAACUUUGUCUUCAAGUCCCCAGUCGGGGCUGUCCAGUCGACUCUCCAAUGGCAGUUUCAGUACCCAGAGCCUCACCAACUCCCGAAGCUCUAUGCAUGGGAUCUCCUUCCUUCUGCAGAUUGGUCUCACUCGAGAGACUGUCACCAUUGAAGCUCAGGACCUGUCCCUCUCUGCUGUUAAGGACCUUGUGUGCUCAAUAGUUUACCAGAAGUUCCCAGAGUGUGGUUUCUUUGGCAUGUAUGACAAAAUUCUCCUGUUUCGCCAUGACCUGAACUCGGAUAAUAUUUUGCAACGAAUUACAUCAGCAGAAGAGAUACAUGAGGGAGAUCUUGUUGAGGUUGUACUCUCUGCUUUGGCUACAGUUGAAGAUUUCCAGAUUCGACCUCAUGCACUUUAUGUGCAUUCCUACAAGGCUCCUACUUUUUGUGACUACUGCGGAGAGAUGCUUUGGGGUUUGGUACGACAAGGAUUAAAAUGUGAAGGUUGUGGGUUAAACUACCAUAAACGAUGUGCCUUCAAGAUUCCAAACAACUGCAGUGGAGUGAGAAAAAGGCGUCUGUCCAAUGUGUCUUUACCAGGAGCAGGGCUUUCAGUUCCAAGACCAGCACAAGCUGAACACACAUCCUCUGCCUCUGAAGAACGUUGCUGCCCAGAACCUAGUAAGAGGAUUCCCUCUUGGAGUGGCCGCCCCAUCUGGAUGGAUAAGAUGGUGCUUUGCAGAGUGAAGGUCCCACACACCUUUGCUGUUCACUCUUACACUCGGCCCACCAUCUGCCAGUAUUGCAAACGGCUGCUUAAGGGCCUUUUUCGCCAAGGAAUGCAGUGUAAAGAUUGCAGAUUCAACUGUCACAAACGCUGUGCACCUAAAGUACCUCGAGACUGUCUUGGAGAGGUUAUUUUCAAUGGAGAACCUGCUAGCCCAGGCCAGGACUUGGAUAUGCCAAUGGAAGUUGAUAGCAGUGAAAUGAACAGUGAUGGUAGUCGAGUUCUAGAUGAUGCUGAAGAGCCCUCUCCUCCAGAGGACAAAAUCUUUUUUAUGGAUCCAUCUGACCUUGAUGCAGACAAAGAUGAGGAAGCUGUCAAAACAAUCAGUCCUUCAACAAGCAAUAAUAUUCCUCUCAUGCGAGUUGUACAGUCAAUCAAACACACAAAGAGGAAGAGCAGUACAAUGGUGAAAGAAGGAUGGAUGGUCCACUAUACUAGUAGAGACAACCUGAGAAAAAGACAUUACUGGAGACUGGACAGCAAAUGCCUCACACUAUUUCAAAAUGAAUCUGGAACAAAAUAUUACAAGGAGAUUCCACUUUCAGAAAUUCUCCAGGUGACUCAGCCUCGAGAUUUUUCACACGUGGUGCAGGGCAGCAACCCCUACUGUUUUGAGAUCAUCACUGACACGAUGGUGUACUUUGUUGGCGAGAACAAUGGCAGCACUCAUCACAGUCCAGUUCUUGCUGCCUCCGGAGUUGGACUUGAAGUAGCUCAGGGCUGGGAGAAAGCCAUUCGCCAGGCCUUGAUGCCAGUCACUCCUCAACCUAGCGUUUGCACUGCUGCAGGACAAGGAAAAGAUCACAAAGAGUUGUCUCUAAGCAUCUCUGUUUCAAAUUGCCAGGUCCAGGAGAAUGUGGAUAUCAGCUCUGUGUACCAAAUAUUUGCUGAUGAAGUGCUGGGUUCUGGUCAGUUUGGUAUUGUAUAUGGAGGAAAACAUAGGAAGACUGGAAGAGAUGUGGCUAUCAAAGUCAUUGACAAGAUGAGAUUUCCAACUAAACAGGAAAGUCAGCUUCGUAAUGAAGUAGCCAUACUCCAGAAUUUGCACCACCCUGGGAUUGUGAACCUGGAAUGUAUGUUUGAAACCCCGGAACGUGUCUUUGUUGUGAUGGAAAAGCUGCAUGGGGAUAUGCUAGAGAUGAUUCUCUCCAGUGAGAAAAGUCGACUUCCAGAACGAAUAACUAAGUUCAUGGUCACUCAGGUGCGCAGUCAGUUCCUCUGCUUUGAGAGGAAAAGCUAGGUUAGGAUUUUGUAAUUACGAGAUGAGAAUUUGGAGAAGGG